AUGUUUGUGUUUGUACGUUUAUAUGCAGGCACAAACAAUUUCAGCUGGUUGACUCAAACGGCCAAAUUUGCUUUAUACCUACUCGACUUCAACAUAUUUGUGAUCGCCACCUAUAGUUCGAGCCAACUCUCUUAUUUCUUUACCCCAUCUUGUCUUUCUCAUUUUCGCAUAUAUUUCGCACCGCGAAAAUUCACGAAUCUCAUCUCAUCUCAUCUCAUCGACAUGGCUAGGACGUUAGGAGAGAAGUUGGGGGACCUAGACGCCCCAGAGGACUUUGACAUUGAAAACAACGAGUUCCACGAGUUCGGAUCUGACUCUGGUUCAGGUUCAGAGUCGGAAGAUGUCCAGGAGGCUCGUGAGCAUUACGUUCCUACUGCGCGGUCUAAACUCAGAAAUGCAGCUCCUAUGAACGGAAAGUAUAAGGGAAGUGUAGUGUCUCGGGAGCAGUUGGAAAACAGCGAUAGUGAGGAGGAAAGUGAAGAGGAUAGUGAAGAGGAAAAUGAAGAGGAAAAUGAAGACGAUAGUGAAGAAAUCGAAAACGAAAUUGAUGGCAUUGAAGAGGAAAAUGGUAGUGAAAGUGAAAAUGGUAGUGAGAACGAGCUGGAGGCUAGUGAAAGUGAAGAGGAUCUGGAGGAUACUGGAUCAGAAACCAACCAGAAUUCUGGACGCGAUUCUGCCAAUAUUGCUGCACUUCUAGCCACCGAGCGUAAGCAUGUCAUCCAAAGAUUGUCUCAAUCGACCACUUCUGACGCUCUUAAAGGCUACUCGAUUGAUAAACAGCAAAGGCUCUUUGAUUCCAUCAUCGAAGUACGCAUGAAAAUCCAGAAAUCAUUGACAAACUCGAACACUCUUCCCAGCAAAAACCUUCCUGAAUUUGAGUAUUCGUCUUCCAAGUAUAAAAUGGCAGAAAAUGCUUGUUACAGUCUCCUCGAUAGCAUUCUCACUCUCCGGACCAAGCUUGUGAAACAGGACCAAAUAUCAACGGAAAAAGUGAAAAAUCCCAAGAAACGCAAAUUGGACGAGUACGUCAAAGCUUCUACCAAGCAAGAUGCUAUUCUUGCCAAAUACAGAGAAGUGGUGUUGAACAAGUGGUCCAAUAAGAUCCAGAACUCGUCUGGCUCGCGGGCUUUAAAUGACAGUAAGUUCAAGGCCAUCAAUCAGUCAGCGGAACAGCAAGUUGCAAAUCAUUUAUUGGACAAAGAAAGAUUGAUCAAGCGUACGAAAAUCAACCGAAGUCAAAUCACGCCUUUAGGCUAUGAAGAAGAACCGGAAUCAGAAACCAAUGAUGACUCUGAAGUUCCUAAAACGAGAUCUCGUGGGGAAAUGAACCAAAUUUUCGACGAUGGUGAUUUCUACAGAAUUUUGUUGAACGAUUUGGUUGAUAAAAAAAUACAAACUUCUAACCCAACAUCUGGUCUCAACGUUGCUCUUGCUCUGAGAUCCGCCAAGCUCAAAAACCAGGUCGAUACUAGAGCCUCUAAGGGCCGUAAGCUUCGGUAUCAUGUACAGGACCCGAUUGCAAAUUUCGAUGCGCCUCGAGGAGGAUGGGCCUGGAACGACGACCAGAUUGACGAAUUUUUUGCGUCGCUUUUGGGCCAGAAGGUGAACAUGAAUGAGGAGGAGGAGGACGAUGAAGCCGCACCAGAAACUGCUCCUGAAGACUCAAUUCUGAUUUUCAGUUAG